UCCAGUAAAUGUUGUUUAUCAGAGGCAGAUUAAACUGCGCAAUACUUCCGUAUUAAACACGGGAAACAAGGAAGACGCGGUCUCAAUUUAUACCAGCAAGUAAACAUUCUGAUCGCGAUGGACGGCAGCAGCAGCAGCACCAUCACCAAGGUGAACGGCAUGGUGGUGGUCACGCAGGUGUUCCCCGGACCAGAUACCCGGGAGGCAGGGACACCUGGCCCGGGGAGGAGCGCCCCGCACCCGCCGGACUCCCCGGUCUACAACCCCGUCAAAGUGUCCGAGAUGACGGCCACCUUCCUCCGAGGCCAGCCGCAGUUCCUCGGGAUUGCACAGAUGUUCAUUGGCGCGGUGUGUGUGUGCAGCGGUCUGAUUGGCUUCCUGGAUCCCAGCCAGAUCCUGUCGCUGCCCCUCCUCGCCAGUAUCAUUUUUUUCGUGUCCGGAGCAGUCGCUGUCGCCGCCAGGAGAGGAACCAACGCCAGCCGGAUCAGAGCCACCCUGGGGCUGCACGUCCUGAGCGCCCUGGUGGCCCUGGCCGCCAUGGUGUACGUGCCCUGGCUGCUGGCCACCCAGGCCUUCAAGACCCAGAUCUGCCCUGAGGUCGGCCCCAAGGACAUGUGUAUGAUGAUGCUUUGGUCCAUGCAGACUGUUCUGAAUGGCGUGUGGAUCAUGACUCUGGUCCUGGCCGUGGCUGAGUUCUCCGUGGCCGUGUCUCUCUGCGUGUUCUCCGUCCAAGCUCUGAGGAGCAGCAAGCCCUACCAGGUGGAGGUGGCGACGGGCGACUACUCCCCCAAGUCUGAGAGUGACGUGAGCUUAUUGGGCCCUGAUGGGAUGGACCCUCCGAGCGCCUGAGCCUCCGGGAACCCCCCCCCCCCCUCACUGAGGCUUCAGCACUGUAGUCGCAUAACCGCAGCCAUGUUCCCUAGCCAUGAUUCACAGGGGCGUGUGUAUUACAGACACUACAGUAAUGGCCUCUACGGUAAUCAAUGGAGCAGUUUGUCUGUUUCUCUCUCUCUCACUUCUCUCUCUGCCACCCUGUCUGCCUUCCUCGUAAAACAAGAAAGUUCCAAGUGAUUGCAUUCUAUAUUAUCCAAUAAAACGUUUAUUA